GACCGUUAGUACGAUCAAGACUCUCAACCCCAGCGAUCUUGACCAUGCCCGUCGUAUCUUCAGCGCAAAGUUUUGCUCAAUUCGAUUACGUCGUUGUCGGAGGUGGGCUAACAGGCCUUGUUGUCGCCACGAGGCUUAGUGAAGACCCUGAUGUUACUGUUGGAGUUCUUGAAGCCGGCCCUCAGCCUACUGAUAACGAUCCAAUCAUCGACAUCCCCGCCAUGAUAGGCCGAGCAGUCGGAGACCCCAAUUACGACUGGCUGACAAUGUCGACUUCGCAGCCUAGAGCCAACGAUAGGCCGAUAUUGAUCCCAAGGGGGAAAGGUAUUGGAGGGUCAAGUAUGAUCAACUAUCUAUACAUGAUCCGCCCUACCAAAGAAGAGUUCGACCGGAUUGAAGAGCUGGGAAACAAGGGCUGGAACUGGGAGUCCAUACUGAAUUACAUGAAGAAAAGCGAAGACCUUACGCCCACAUCUCUCUCGGUCGACGACCAACAGAAGUACGCGAUCAACACGAACCAUGAUGUCCAUGGAACCACCGGCCCUCUUCAAAAAACCCUUGGCGUGGUUUUCAGCGAGUUUCACGCCGAUGUGGUCGAAUCAGCCACGCAUCUGGGUUUACCGAAAAAUUUGGAUGCGAAUGCCGGUGACCUUGCUGGAAUCUCUACCGGUUUUGCUAGUAUCGAUCCUAAAACUGCAAAACGAUCAUCCGCUUAUUCGGCGUAUUAUGCUCCCAAUGCUGACAGGAAGAAUCUACUUAUCCUCCCGAAUGCAAUGGUUCACAAGGUCGUGAUCUCUGCCGAACCGAGCUCGAACCUCAAACGCGCUACUGCAGUGGAAUUUUCACAUGAUGGCACCGUUAGUAUAGUCCAGGCACGCAGGGAAGUGGUCCUUUCGGCGGGCGCUCUUGGUAGUUCUCGCAUUUUAGAACUCUCUGGAAUCGGGAACUCCUCUAUACUCUCUCGUCUCGGCAUCCCCGCUCAUGUUGAUCUACCUGGUGUUGGGGAAAACUUGCAGGAUCACAUCAUGGUGUUCGCCAUUGCGGAGACGGAGAAGUACGAUACCCUAGAUAUGUUGGCCGACUCGGAAGUGUUGAAAGUCCAUCAGCGUCUUUAUGCUGAAAAGAAAGGACUUCUUGCGGCCGUACCCGCACCUGCAUAUGUCUAUGUACCAGCCACCAAGCUGGGAGAUGGAAACGAUGUGUCAAGGUGGCACAGGCAGUUGAGUGAGCCUGAGAAGAUGGUUCACCCCGAGACCCCAGAGAGCGUAAAGAAGGGGAUUGUGAAGCAAUAUGAAGUUCUGAGAAGAGUUUGGAAGGAGGAUAGAACCGUUCAGGGGGAACUCGCGAUGUUAACCGGCCACCUGCCAACCCCACUCCACACUGCUUUGACGGGUCGAAGGUACCUCACCACUGCUUCAUUCCUCGCCCAACCACUGUCUCGUGGAUACGUACAUAUCGCAUCAGCAGACCCUAGCGCUCAACCUGAAGUCAACCCCCGUUACUUAUCGGUCGAAUCAGACUUUGAGAUGUUAGUGGGGUUGUUCAAACUCGCUACGAAGCUGUAUACGUUACCGCCGCUUUCAAAUCAUAUUAAGGAGAUGGUGAUGCCUCAACUACCAGAGGAGAAAGAGAAGGUUGACGAGGCAUAUAGAGAGUAUGUUAGGAAUGCGUGUCUGUCUGGAAUCCACCCUAUUGGAUCUGCGUCAAUGAUGCUGAGAGAACUGGGAGGUGUCGUGGAUGAGAAUUUGGUAGUGUAUGGAACAUCAAAUUUGAGGGUGGCAGAUUUGUCUAUCCUUCCGAUUCAACUGUCCACCCAUCCGCAGGCUACCGCUUAUGCGAUUGGAGAAAAGGCUGCGGAUAUCAUUAAGGAAUCUCGACGAUAGAACAGACAAUUGGUGGAAAUUCUUGUUGUGCUGAAGGGAGUGGCUCUGUGGUUGGCGAAUUUUGCGCUACUCGUCUUACUCGUGUGCAGAAUGUCGUCGAGUACUCGGGAGCGUGAGAUUCACAGUAUCACGAACACGCAUAUUCUUUUCUCACUUUUUCUCGUUCGAGGCACGUUGAGGGUGUGCUCAGACAAAGGCUUCUCUCAUUUUAUCGUUCGCAGUUCUAUUAAAACAAGUCCGGCGACUAAAACCACUACCCAGUUUACCAACUCGUCAGUGACGGGCUGUGACAGGAGUCGGAUUAACCUCUACCUCUACGGGAAGAUGGUCCACAUGUGAUUUUUGGGACCUCGUUUGAUCGUUACCAGCGUCAACCUCAGUCUCCCGUUUGAUCCCGACACUGAGCUGCGAACGAUGCGUCUGCAAAUCGAAAGUAGUUUCCGUUCGUCGACCCAGACCACUCAGUGAGUCCAAACCCAGACCGUUCAAAGUGAUUAUCCCCUCCCCUCCCGCCAUUGACGACUCCUGCCCUCGCCCACCGACAAUUUUAACUCUACUAUUGAGUAUCACCAUCAUCGAAUUCGAGUAUAACUUGGCCAGUAUUAGAGCGGGAGCCAUGUGGUAAGGUAAAUCGGGAAAGACUUGGAAGAGGAUCAGGUCGACUGUGGCUACGGUGGCUACAAGGAAUAGCGUUAAUAUGUCAGACACUGAUCUUAGGACUCUUUAGCAAAGAACCUGAGGUUACUCGCCUGUCAAACUCCCAGUCUCCAUAGUCAAUCGAAUGAUACGCUUCAGAAUAUUUCUCGUGCUUUGAAUUGUCGUGCCAUAUCUGGACAACUACGACGCGGUGCACGAUAAGAAUAGGGAAGGGAUCGAAGGGACCUUUGAAUACCCGGAACGGGAACAUUGGGAUGGCAAACGUACAAUGUAAGUCAUCGAAACUGCUAUGAUAAUAUCGCAUGCUGCGCUUCCUCCUAGCCAAAACUAGUAUCAGAAGCUUCAAUGAGAUCUCGACUGGCGCAAAUAGAAUGGAAAUGGACCUUACAGAUACCCCGACGGCAUUUUUGGCUUGAGAUUCUGUAAUCGAGUUUAUGACGAUAGCCACCUGUGUCGUUUUCAAAGCACCCCCGAGUUGCGCGAGUGCGAACUGUGUAGAAAGGAACUCAGUAGGGCCUAACGAAUGACAACGAGAUCAGGGGCUCGUACUCACGAGCAUAAUAGCUGCCGUGAUCAGUUUCGACUUGGACAACACAUAGAUUCUUCAUAAUACGGUUCCCAAAGAAGAUAUGAUAUAGGACGUACCUAGCCCGUCGACUAGACAAACGUCCAACCAGGUCAAGUUCCUCUUGAAGUUAAUCACCCCUGGUUCUCCAAACCCAAAUACAAAAUUUUGAAACGCGUCCCAGGUGAUGAUGACAGUCUGCAUCGUCUCCACGAUAUACAAGCCGUAGACCACGAUUUGGAUCCUGAUGCGGUCAUUCGGAAAGGCGUUGUAAUAUAUGUACGUUUGGACUGUUAGGACACCAUACAGUCCAUAAUUGAGGAAGUAUCCCAGGAGGAAGGGACCAGCGGUUUUUGUAACAUGCGACGAUGGUAUUGGAGACAUAGUGAGCUAAACUUGACUCACUUGACUCACUACCGUAGGAGAGGGG